AUGUGGCGAGGCGGGGGAAUUUCAACAAAAUGUGACGGCGUCCGUCCGGUCUGCGGCCCGUGCGUGCGCGCCGAGACUGCCCAAGAUUGCGUUUAUUCCGAUGGUCCGGCAUACACUGCCGCACAACAAUUGCAGGAGCAAGUCACUCGUCUCGAAGACCGCUUGAAGGAAUUACAAGCCUCCGCACCAGGGCCUAUAGCCCUGCAUGAUCCUUACGAGACCCACCGUAUGACGGAAGCCUCUCAGUAUACCACCGAUUUACCCCCAAUUCCCACUCACGUCAUACAGACACUAAUCGUCAAUUUUUCCAACUAUGCGUCUGAGCUUGGAUUCUUUUUGCAUGUCCCGCGCUUCCUGGAGGCUGUCUCACAACCUCAGGCUGAUGACCUCCCGAAGCACACGUCCACGCUGCUGAACACGAUUUAUCUACUAGGUGCAUAUUUGUCUAACGAUUUACCGACGCGUGCCCUGCAAGAGCGUUUCCUAUCGGCUAUCCCGGAACAUCGCGCGGUGGCUCUGGCAGAAAUAACACCAGGGACUGUUAUGUAUAUUUUACAAGCGGAAAUACUGUUGGCAAACUACUACUUUGCGCAGGACCGCACGCUUGAGAGCGCAUACCACUGUAGCGCCGCCUCUGCGAUCGUGCUCGCGUGCGGACUGCACCACAUGCGUAGCGCCCGCGACAUACCCGGCGUUUUUGCAGGUACAAUGCAGUUUCGGCUUGAUCCUCCGGCGGACCACGUCGAGGAGGGCGAGCGGAUGAACGCUUUUUGGGUUGCAUAUAUCUUGGACAAGUGCUUGUCGUUUGCGCUCGGCUCUCCUUCCGCCCUGACGGAUGAAGAAGAAAAGGGCACACAGAUCGAUGUCCCGUGGCCGCUGGAUACGUCUGCCUAUGAGCAGAACCCGAUACCUGCAGGUUUGCAGGGCUUGCGAACCGUACGCACAUUUGUACAUGAUACUGCUUUUCGUAACGUUGAGCAGAGUAUCUUGGCGCUACAUGCAAAAUCGGUUGCCCUCUUCGAGUACGCUGCUGAAAUGGCCAAGCAGGUCGUCCCCAACACUAAUCAGUAUCCCGCGGGCUUCGGUCACCUUGCUAUCCGACUCGAGCGAUUCAGGCUUAUUCUACCUUCUACUGAUGAAUUUGGUGCCUUGCGGGCAGAACUGAGGCGCAGAUUCUUGGUCAUACACAUGGCCAUCCAUUGCGCGGCGAUUCAGUUGUGGCAGCCGAUCGAAAUGCAGAACGAUGCUAUUAGUCUGAGCGGCAGGAGCAUUGCUGCUGCCCGUGGUGCAGUAGAAAUCUUGCGGAAGAGCGAUGUUGGCGCAGUCGAACACAUUGACCCUUUCGUUGGUGUUCUACUCAAGAUUGUUGCCGACGUUUUACGGCGCAGCUUGAUGCGCGCGCUCAGUGACCACAGUUCACCCCAGGCUUCUUCGGACACCGGUUCACUGCAUUGUCACUUCCAGAACGCCAAGCGGUAA